GUACAAAGCACACGAGUGAGGAGUAAAUUGUCUUUUUCUUCUCUUUUGUCUAGCUCUGACUCUGGCUCUGGUUCUGGCGGGAAGAGAGGUUAGCAUCAACUUAGCACAGAGCUCAGAAGAAGAAACUCAUAAACCCUAGACAAACCUUGCUCUGCUCAACAACAUAUUCUCCAUCCAUGUGAAUCAAUCUCCUCGAUUCAUCAACAACAUGUAUUGGAUGGCCACGCGAAACGUCGUCGUUUCUUCUCCUCGUUGGCGCUCGCUCGCUCUGCUUCUUCGUUUUCAUCCUUCUCGUUACAGCUCCUUCACUCCCUCCCCAGUCGCCCUAAGAGCAUUUGGGAAGAUUUCUUGUUUCAAAGAUCAAAAGGUUUUGAGACGAGGUGCAAGAACCGUGAAGAAAGUUAAGCCUUUGGACAGUGUUCUGAGUGAAAAGGAGCUUUCUAAUAUACUUUGGUGGAAGGAGAGGAUGGAAGAUUGCAGAAAGCCUUCAACUGUUCAGCUAAUUAAAAGGCUUGAGUAUUCCAAUUUGCUAGGCUUGGAUGUUAGCUUGAAAAAUGGGAAUUUGAAAGAGGGGUCACUCAACUGGGAGAUCUUGCAGUUCAAGUCAAAGUUUCCACGUGAGGUUUUGCUCUGCAGAGUUGGUGAAUUCUAUGAAGCACUCGGGAUAGAUGCCUGUGUCUUGGUUGAAUAUGCUGGUUUGAAUCCUUUUGGAGGUCUUCGUUCAGAUAGUAUUCCAAGAGCUGGUUGCCCUGUUGUGAACCUGCGACAAACAUUGGAUGACCUGACACGUAAUGGGUAUUCAGUGUGCAUAGUUGAAGAAGUUCAGGGUCCAGCAAAUGCUCGUUCUCGGAAAAAUCGUUUCAUAUCUGGGCAUGCACAUCCUGGUAGUCCCUAUGUCUUUGGACUAGUUGGUCUUGAUCAUGAUCUUGACUUUCCGGAACCAAUGCCUGUUGUUGGUAUAUCUCGUUCUGCCAGAGGAUAUUGCAUAAAUUUAGUAUUAGAGACUAUGAAAACAUACUCAUCUGAAGAUGGUUUGACUGAGGAGGCCUUGGUUACCAAGCUUCGUACGUGUCGGUGCCAUCAUUUAUUUCUGCACACAUCAUUGAGGCACAAUUCAUCAGGCACUUGUCGUUGGGGAGAAUAUGGUGAGGGAGGCCUACUAUGGGGAGAAUGUGUUGCUAGACAUUUUGAAUGGUUUGAUGGCAAUCCUGUGACUGACCUCUUGUCUAAGGUGAAGGAACUUUAUGGUCUUGAUGAUGAAGUUACAUUUAGGAAUGUCACUAUUUCUUCGGAAAAUAGGCCCCGGCCUUUGACCCUUGGAACAGCAACUCAGAUUGGUGCCAUUCCGACCGAGGGAAUACCUUGUUUGUUGAAGGUGUUACUUCCAUCAAAUUGUACAGGUCUACCACUGAUUUAUGUUAGAGAUCUUCUUCUCAAUCCUCCUGCAUAUGACAUUGCAUUCACUAUUCAAGCAACUUGCAAACUUAUGAGCACUGUCACCUGCUCAAUUCCUGAGUUCACUUGUGUUUCACCUGCAAAGCUUGUGAAGCUACUUGAAUUAAGGGAGGCCAAUCAUAUCGAGUUCUGUAGGAUUAAAAACGUAGUUGAUGAAGUAUUGCACAUGCACAAAAAUUCAGAGCUCAAUGAAAUCUUAAAGUUGUUGAUGGAUCCUACAUGGGUGGCCACCGGAUUGAAAAUUGACUUUGAAACAUUAAUUGAUAAUUGUAAAUGGGCUUCGGAUAAGAUUGGUGAAAUGAUCACUUUAGAUGGCGAAAUGGAUCACAAUGAAGGCUACUCUUCUGUUGUUCCUAAUGAUUUCUUUGAGGACAUGGAGUCCUCAUGGAAAUGUCGUGUCAAGAGGAUCCAUAUAGAGGAGGAAUUUGCGGAAGUGGAAAGGGCUGCUGAGGCUUUAAUUCUAGCUGUUACUGAAGCUUUCAUGCCCAUCAUUACAAGAAUAAAGGCUACCACAGCCCCACUUGGUGGCCCAAAGGGGGAAAUAUUAUAUGCUAGGGAGCAUGAGGCUGUUUGGUUUAAGGGUAAACGGUUUUCGCCUGCUAUAUGGGCUGGUACCCCUGGGGAGGAACAGAUUAAAAAUCUUAAACCAGCUUUAGAUUCCAAAGGCAGAAAGGUUGGAGAAGAGUGGUUUACUACAAUAAGGGUUGAGGAUGCUUUAACAAGGUACCACGAAGCAGGUGCCAAGGCUAAAGCAAGGGUCUUGGAAUUGUUGAGGACACUUUCUUCUGAAUUGCAAGCAAAAACCAAUAUUCUAGUGUUUUCUUCGAUGCUUCUAGUUAUAGCAAAGGCAUUAUUUUCUCAUGUGAGUGAAGGCAGAAGAAGGCAGUGGGUUUUUCCAAUGCUUAUCGAGUCCUCUAAAUCUAAGGAUGUAGAAUCUUUCAAUGGAACAGAUGGGAUGAAACUAGUUGGUCUAUCACCAUACUGGUUUGAGGUUGCAGAAGGUAGUGCUGUAAAUAAUACUGUUGAUAUGCAGUCACUAUUUCUUUUGACUGGACCAAAUGGUGGGGGUAAAUCAAGUUUACUUCGAUCAAUUUGUGCUGCUGCAUUGCUUGGAACAUGUGGAUUCAUGGUGCCUGCAGAGUCAGCUUUAAUUCCUCAUUUUGAUUCAAUUAUGCUUCACAUGAAAUCUUACGAUAGUCCAGCUGAUGGAAAGAGUUCAUUUCAGGUGGAGAUGUCAGAGAUUCGAUCUAUUAUUGCUUCUACCAGUAAAAGAAGUCUCGUGCUUAUAGAUGAAAUUUGCCGAGGAACAGAAACAGCAAAGGGGACUUGUAUUGCCGGUAGCAUUGUUGAAACUCUUGAUAAAAUAGGUUGUCUUGGAAUUGUAUCCACUCAUUUGCACGGGAUAUUUAGUUUGCCACUCAAUGCAAAGAACACUGUGUUUAAAGCAAUGGGAUCUGUAAAUGUUAACGGCCAAACAAAACCGACUUGGAAAUUGCUAGACGGGAUUUGUAGAGAAAGCCUUGCAUUUGAGACAGCUAAGAGAGAAGGAAUUUCUGAAAGAAUAAUUCAAAGAGCUGAAGAGCUUUAUAAUUCAGUUUAUGCAGAAGAAGGGAUUCCAGGGGAAAAUGACACCGAAAUACAACACUUGUGUUCUUAUGAAAGUUUGAAUGGUUCUGACAGACCCGAUUUUCAAUCAAAUAACUCUGGAAGAAAAGAUUCUGAAAGGAGCAGGUCACUAAAUCAAAUGGAAGUCUUACAGAAGGAAGUUGAGACAAAUGUAAUUAUGAUAUGUCAAAAGAAGCUGAUAGAGCUCCACAAGAAAGAAAAGAUACCCGAACUUAGCGAAAUCCAUUGUGUUCCGGUUGGUCCUAGGGAACAACCACCUCCUUCUACUGUAGGUGCUUCUUGUGUCUAUGUGAUGCUCAGGCCUGAUAAAAAACUAUAUGUGGGACAGACCGAUGAUUUGGAGGGACGAAUCCGUACCCACCGCUCAAAGGACGGGAUGCAAAAGGCCAGAUUCCUUUAUUUCACAGUCCCGGGAAAGAGUCUAGCCUGCCAACUUGAGACCCUUCUCAUCAAUCAGCUUCCUAACCAAGGAUUAAAUCUCACUAAUAUUGCUGAUGGCAAACAUAGGAAUUUUGGUACUUCCACUCCUUCACCGGAGAGUAUCACUGUUUGUUAAAGAAAAACUCGUCAGACUCGUCACGCAUCUCCGAUUUCGGUUUAAUCUUUUCUACACUAAUCAGUGAAGACAGUGGAAUGGUUUGUGCUCUCCCUCCCAAAUUUAUGUAUAUGAUUGUAAUUUUUGCUGAAAAAAUGUGGCUCUAAUUUGAACAAGCAGUGGCUGCAGCAAUUUUGGUUUUUGUUAACUGUUGCUCCAUUGUUUCUGAUUCUCCAUUGUCAAACCUCAGUAGGUAGGUAGACAGAUUGAAAUUGUUUAGAUGUAUAUGUUAUGGAAUGUUAAUUAUA